GCGGCGCACCGUUUGAAUUGACGCUAAAGAACGCCGUUAGAGGCGCCACAUGGUGCACUAUCCUCCCGCCAUCUGUUGGCUUCUGUGAACUCGCCUUUUUCAACGUUGCAAUUCUUUCGAUGAGAUUUGCCUGCGAUUGGCGCUCGAUAAAAGUUACUUCUGAUUGUUCGAUUCUAAAAGCGAUCGGAUUGGAUCUUGCGAACGAUCGUGUUUUAUUGGUUGAUAAAUUAUCGAACGUUUAUCGACAAUAGAUCGAUAAUUGUUCGCGAUUUCUCUUCUAGUCGGAUAAUUAUGGCCUUAGAUUAUGCAGUCUCGAUUCAUGGCUAAUGGUACGAAAAAUAAUAAACAAAAAUCGAGUUUAAAUAUUUCGUAUAGUUGACAAUAAUUCUUUUUUCCUGUCACUACGAAAUAUUUUGUUUAACGCUCCUCACUCAAAUCUUAGCGCAAUAUGGUGUAAUCAAGUGCGACACGAAGAAAUAAAUGUUAAUUCGAAUCAAGCAUUUUUAAACGUUCUAAGUAUUUUAUUAUAUUAAUUUGAUAAUUGGGACAUCUGUGGAAUAUUGUAUUUACGUUUCGAUACAUAGAAAUGACAUAUAAACGUAAAAAAUAUCACAGAGGGGAUACACAUUUGAAGAAAGGAUGGAGAACUAAAAGAAGAACGAAAGAUUUGGAUGAGAUCGAUGAAGAUUUGAAAGAAGAGAAUGUGAAACAAUUAUUACAUCAAGAAGUGGAUUUAGAUAAGCCAGGAGCUGCACAACAUUAUUGUGUACAUUGCGCGAGAUAUUUUAUAAAUCAAACUGCUUUGCAUAGCCAUUUUACGACAAAGGUACAUAAACGUAGAUUAAAAGCUCUUGAAUUAGAACCUUAUAGUAUUGAAGAAUCUGAAAGAGCUGCUGGAAAAGGGAGUUAUAUAGAACCACAAAAGAGGAAAAUAGAAACUUUAACUGUAGAUAGUAAUACAGACACAAUAUCGCAAUCUAAGUUAGUAAAAAUGGAUAGCUAA